AUGUUUAACUGGGCCAAGCAAAAGCUCGCCGAUGUCGCGGGCACUCAGGAGCCUAUCUAUGGCCCUACAGCCAUCAGGACCGUCGCUGAGGAGGCAAAGGAGACCAGCCAUACCGAGCUCACCCGGGACGACCUGAAGUGGAAGGCUAUGGACUCUACGUCCGUCGAGACUCAGAGCUUCUACUUGAUGUCGGACGAUGGAAAGCACCUCGCUCUCGCCCAAGUCAUCUACAGCAAUGUCGCUGGCAUCCACACCACUGUCCAGUUCAACUCGAAGAUCUUCUACCUCGAUGGCUCCAAGCCCCACCUUUGGUGCUCUACGCAGCUGAGCAACCACGGUUUCAGCGAGGACAAGGCCAGCUUCUACGCCGACGACUGCGCACUCGAUCUCUCGGAGGAUGGCACAAACUAUACGAUCAAGAGCUUGAACGAUAAGCGAUCCAUCGUCAACCUUAAGAUCACUCGCAAGGCGCCUGGUUUCGUUGCCGGCAAGACUGGCAACACCUUGUACGGCACUGACCUCGGAAAUCCUUGGGGCUCCAUGCGCCACGCCUUCUGGCCGAGGUGCGCCGCUGAGGGCACCAUCACCACCCCCGAUGGCCCCAUCGACUUCACUGGCAAGGCCUUCUACUCGUUCGCACUUCAGGGCAUGAAGCCGCACCAUGCCGCAGCGCGUUGGACUUUUGCCGACUUCCAGACCCCCACCUACUCGGCUGUCCUCAUGCAGUUCGUCACCCCGCCUUCGUAUGGCACCACCACGGUCACUAUUGGCGGUAUUGCCAAGGACGGUGAGAUCAUUAUUGGCGGUGUCGACAGCACCGUCGCGCACACCAGGACUAAGACGGACUCGGAGAGCGAGUGGCCCGAGCCUGAGGCGAUCAAGUUCACCUGGUCUGGUAAGACGAAGGACGGCAAGGCUGUGGAGGCUGUUAUCGAGGGUGAUCUGGGUAAGCGUCUCGACAGGGUUGACGUCAUGGCCGAGGUGCCUGCAUUUGUCAAGAGGAUCGUCGCAGGUGCUGCGGGAACCAAGCCAUAUAUUUACCAGUAUUCUCCCCAGGAGAAGAAGCUUACACUCAAGCUGAAGAUUGGCGACGAGGAGAUCUCAGAGGAGGGCCAGCUGUUCAGCGAGGCCACGUUCAUCUCUGAGGCUGUUACUCAGAAAGGUGGACCAGUGGGGGUAGGAAGGGGUAAGUCCUACUUCGGCGGCCCUCAACGCAUGCGGAAGAUGAAGAAGGACGCCAUCCGCGGCAUCACUCGCCGAGGAGGAGUCAAAUUCAUCUCUGGAACUAUAUACAACGACAUUCGUGAGGUCUUAAUAGCUAGGCUGAAACUGAUCAUCAAUGAUUGUAUCAAAUACGUUGAGUAUAGAAAGGCCAAGACUAUCACGGUCCAGGACGUUCUGUUUACCGUCCGACGCUUCGGACAGCCCCUCUAUGGGUUUGAUCCGGGCACGGACACAGAGUUCAGCCUAACGAAGAAAAGAUAA